UGCAAGACACACAUAAAUUGAAUUACUAAAUUGUCGUCUAAUUGUAAAAAAACGUGCUUGUUUCUUAUUAUUUUUGCUGUUAAGUUGUGCAAAAAUGUCGCACAAGCCUACAAGUGUAUUGCGCGCCAAGGAAAAUGCAUUGCCCAAACAAGGGGACCAACAAGGACGAAAUGCAGCGGCAGCUAUUGGCCUAGAACAGCAGAAAAAAUAUUUGCUUACAAAAAUGAAUGUGCAGACAACCAGUGAGAAUUUGGCUCCAAGCGGAAGCAAGAACUAUCCAACUGUUGCAACAACAAAAAACAUUGCCCCUACCACGACUGAGCAUCCAAUCAAGAGAGUUCCGACUGGUCAAUCUAACAAAGCUGCAGUGGUGCCCAAAACGCAGCCCAUGGCAACAUCAACAUUCAGGGCACCGGCAAAGAAGUCUCCACCAUCAACCUCACAAGCCAUUAAUAAAGCAAAUCCUAGCAACAACAAUGCAGGUGCAGUUGCCAACCCAGCUGCUGCCACUUCCGAAAAUACCAUCAAUAGCACUGAUAAUGAUAAGCAAAAGACUGACACCCAAAAGCCCAAAAAGGUCUGGACAUUGAGUCAUUUCGAUAUUGGUCGUUUGCUGGGACGCGGCAAGUUUGGAAAUGUGUAUUUGGCGCGUGAAAAGGAAUCCCAAUUCGUGGUGGCUCUCAAGGUCCUAUUCAAAAAACAGAUUGGCGAGAACAAUGUGGAGCACCAGGUGCGUCGUGAAAUCGAGAUCCAAUCUCAUUUGCGUCAUCCGCACAUUUUGCGACUGUACGCCUAUUUCCAUGACGAUGUGCGCAUUUACUUGAUAUUGGAGUACGCGCCACAGGGUACACUCUUUAAUGCGCUGCAGGCCCAGCCCCAGAAGCGGUUUUCAGAAUCUCAAUCGGCCAUCUAUAUAAAGUCUCUGUCAUCGGCGCUAAUUUAUUUGCACGAGCGCGACAUCAUCCAUCGCGAUAUAAAGCCGGAGAAUUUGUUGCUCGGCCACAAGGGUGUGCUGAAGAUUGCCGAUUUCGGUUGGUCUGUCCAUGAACCCAACUCUAUGCGAAUGACCUUGUGCGGCACUGUCGAUUAUUUGCCACCGGAAAUGGUGCAAGGCAAGCCGCACACAAAAAAUGUCGAUCUUUGGAGUCUCGGCGUGCUAUGCUAUGAGUUGUUAGUGGGCCGUGCUCCUUUCUUUUCGAAUAACUACGACGAGACUUAUAAGAAGAUAUUGAAAGUGGAUUACAAGCUUCCCGAUCACAUUUCGAAAGCAGCCGCACAUUUAAUAUCAAAGCUAUUGGUCCUUAAUCCACAGCAUCGCUUGCCCUUGGAUCAGAUUAUAUUGCACCCAUGGAUUGUGGCGCACACCCAGUGAGAGCCGAUUAUUAAAUUACACCGUUUAGUUAUUAUUAUUUUGUUUAAGUAUUCAACAAAAUUAAUUUUUUAAAUGUUUAUGCAUGCAAUUAAUUUUAUUAUAUUUCAAGUAAAGUUUCUGUGUUUCCUCCUUCUAUGA